AUGGCUAAUGCUGGUCAGGACACGAAUGGUUCUCAAAUUGAAAAUGUUGAAAAAGGCAGCAAUGAUCGACCGAAAGAAGAUGUAACUAUCGUUGAUUGUGGCGAAAUCGACAUUCAGGAAAAUGAGCAACCGUUGAGAGUUGAACUAUAA